AUGCCAGAACUCACGCUCGAUACACUGGUCGACGAUGGAAACUAUUUGGGCUCUGAACGCGCGAGGAUCGAGAACAAAGUCAUCCUCGAUGAAUUGGAGCGCAAGAAGAAGGCUAGGAGCAUGGCCGUCCCAACCGAUGACAAUCGGGUAAAAGCGCGCCUGCGAGAGAUUGGAGAGCCUAUCACAUUAUUCGGUGAACGAGCUGCAGAUCGACGUGACCGUUUGAUCUAUGUACUGUCUCAAAUUAAUGCUGCACGAGGGGAUGACGCCAUGCAAGUGGACGAGGAGUCUUCAGAUGACAGUGAAGAAGAGGUAGAAGAAUUCUACUCACCGGGCUCACUUGAGUUGUUGGAAUCACGGCGGAGAUUGGCCGAGUUCUCUCUCCCUAGAGCUCAAAAGCGAAUCGCUCAGCAGCGGUUAGACAGCAAGAUACCUCUUGGUCGGAUUAUAGACAUCCGAAAACAUGUGUUCGCAGAUGUCAAGAGCUUCUCAAAUCUUGGCUCUCAAAUUGGCGAUGAACGCCCUAUAUCACUUGUGCGCUUCUCACCAAAUAGCGAGAUCCUCGCCACAGCCAGUUGGUCAGGAUCUCUUAAGUUGUGGAAUACUCCAGCAUGUACACCGAUACGGACAUUGCGAGGGCACAGUGAUCGCGUAGGUGGUGUAGCAUGGCAUCCUAGAGCCACCCUAUCUCAAAGUGCAGAUGCAGUCAAUCUCGUAAGUGGUGCUGGGGAUACGUGCGUCAACUUUUGGUCACUCAACAGCGAGACACCAUUAUCAGUCAUGAAAGGUCACCAAGAUCGGAUAUGUCGUGUCGCUUUUCAUCCUUCCGGUGACUACGUAGCCAGCGCUAGUUUCGACACAACAUGGCGGCUAUGGGAUGUAGCGACCUCGAAAGAGCUGCUGCUCCAGGAAGGACAUUCGAAGGAGGUAUAUACAGUGGAGUUUCAAGAUGAUGGUGCUUUAGUUGCUUCUGCUGGGUUGGAUGCAAUUGGACGUGUGUGGGACCUGCGAACAGGGCGCACAGCAAUGGUUCUAGAUGGCCACGUCCAAGGCAUACUUUCUCUUAGUUUCUCACCCAAUGGCUACCAAAUCGCUACCGGCGCAUCGGACGACACGAUUCGAAUAUGGGACAUGCGUUCGCUCAAUGCCCUGUAUACGAUACCCGCACAUUUGAACAACGUAUCCGACGUCCGCUUCUUCCGCUCCGACGGCACCCUACCUCUACACAUCGCUUCUCAGGCCUCGCCCACUCCAGAUGUCUCGAUGGACAGCGCCGAUACUUCCGAUGUUAAAGAGGAAUCUGUGACUCCUGCACCGACACCAGCCCCGAAUGCAACACAAGACAAGGCCGCGUUGACCCAAGAAUGGCAAUACCGCUCUGGCUUGUAUUUGGCCAGCGCAGGAUAUGACGGUGUUGUCAAACUUUGGAGUGCGGACGAUUGGCAGCUUCUUGCUACUUUGCAGACGGAUGGCAGCAAAGUGAUGUCUGUCGAUCUCUCAAGCGAUGCGAAGCUGCUUGCUUCAGGAACGUAUAAUCGGAACUUUCAAUUGUUUUCGCCAGAGAGCGCGUUGUAG